AUGGCACUGUGCAACUUCACAGUCAACCCCUUCGCUCUUGACCCUGGGUUCAACAUCGCUCUGGUCACGUCUGUCGCAAUCGACUUGGCAGUUCAUUCUUGGGAGGUGGGCACUCUCUCACAAGCACUCCUUGAGCUGUACGACCCGCAAUACUCGGUGUUUGGCUCCUCCCCGUUUCCGGUGCCCAGUGUCUCUCCGGAAUGUGUUCCUUCUCUCUCCUAUGCAGUUGAGCGAAUAGUCCUUGGAAGCGGGCCCAAUGGCUUUGCUGACGCAGAGGGCGCGCUCGCUGAUCCCGCGAGUCUCGGAGUAAGCGCUGUGUUAUUGGGCAAACACGAUGCCCGUUAUGCGGACGCGGUUCUGAGUGAGAUCGAUUACAUCACCACUGCCGCGCCACGGUUUUCGAACGACGCCAUCUCCCACCGAGUGUCUGUCGCCGAGUUAUGGGCCGACUUCAUCUACAUGGUCCCGCCAUUUCUCGCAUAUGCUGCAGCCGACCUGGACGACACCGACCUCUUGUUCGAGGCCUAUCGGCAGUGUGGGCUAUACCGCGAAAUACUCCGGCCCCCCACCGGACCGGGCGUCUGGCAGCACAUCAUCGGGCCAGAGCACCAAGAUGUGUGGCCCUGGUCAACGGGCAAUGCCUGGGCAGCGGCAGGCAUGGUCCGCGUGCUUGCCACGAUAAGCAAGUCGCCUAGAGUAAACUGGACACAGGAUGCCAUAGAAAAUCUUUCGGUGUGGAUACUGGAGAUCAUCGAUGGCGCCAUGAGCUUCACCAAAGAGGAAGGACUCGUGCGAAACUACCUCGAGGACGGAUUUGGGGAGGUGGCGGGUUCGUGUCUGUUUGCGGCAGCCAUCUACCGCAUGGCCGUCCUGCAGCCUGAGGUCCCUCGCAAUGGGGAACACAUCAUCUGGGCCGACGCAAUUCGCGCCACAAUGGCACUACACAUUACGAGCGGGGGAAUAGCAACCCCGGCUGUCAAUCCAAUGAACCCUACAGAUCCCAAACCACUCUUCACAGGAUCGCCAGAGGGCAACUCAUUUGUUGUCCUUAUGUAUGCUGCAUGGCGUGAUUGCGUUCUGGUUGGUAUUUGUUCGUAG